AUGGAUCUUCACCCUGAUUGUCUCAAAGCUCUAAAAUACCCUGCAUUCUGGGAGGCUACUGACAAUCCUUCACUCAGAAAGUUCCUGGACUUCCGGCAUCUGGAAGGCGAUUUGACUAACGUAGAUACGGAACACUAUCGUUAUAUAUGCGAACUAAAUACUAUCGGCGACUACUACCCCGAAGAAUCCGAAGUUGGUCAGAUUGUUUUGGAGUUGAGAGGCGAUUAUAAGACGGAUAAAAAGUCGAGAUCAGUGAAACUCUUUUGGGAAUUACAAGCAGUACAUACUGAAUCUGAGUUAGUUGAUGAGAAAUCCAAAUUACAAUGGAAACAAGGGAUGCUAGAAUUCGAAAAGAAAGGUCUCGACCACCUUGAAAAGACUUCAUCCAUUGUGCAAAGAAAACAAAUCUCAAGCUAUAUAUCUUGUGAGAGGUCAGAAACACAUACUAAUACAGACAAGGUGUAUGGCAAAGAUGAUAUUUGUACACCAGAGCAGACUAUUAAGCAAGGAGAUUUCGAAGGGAAUAAAAAUUUAUGUUACGAGAUUUUACCAAGAAAUAUUGAAAAAAAGCCUUUACCAAACCCAUUUCUGGCAAAUCAGCAAGGAAAAAAACGCGAUCUUGAAACCGAAGACGAUGUCGAAGAAUUUGAUGCAGAUCUAACAGUCGUUGGUGGAGCAAGCUCCGAAUGGAUCGUAAAUGGGAUCCGAAUCAGAGAACGUCUCACGGCAUACCAGUCGAAGAUUCUGCCAAGGACAAGGCCGGAAUAUUAUGAUGUUCUAUUUUUCAAUUCUCAUACCAAUGGAUUUUUACAGACAUUGGACGAAAGUAUAGUAACACAGAUGCUCUGUGAUAUAAGUGACAAAGAAACUGAAAAUAUUGUGGAAAGUAAAAUCAAAUUGUCGUUAGAUCGUUUCAUUGAUCGUGAUAUUAAAAAAACAAAGGAAAAACUCAAACAAGUAAAGGAAGAAGAUACCGAUUCAUUUGAAUAUAUCUUUGCAUUGAAUUUCGUGAGACAUAUGGUGAAGCUAAUGGAUGAUAUCAACUUAUUUCUUGACCCAAUGUCGGAAGGCACGUAUAUUAAUAGCGUGCUAUCACCUAUUCUCGAUGGAUUUUUUGUUAAAAAUAAGAGAUAUUGGCGUAUAUCUUAUGGCGAAACUUGUCUCAAAGCAAACGCAAAAGAUAGAAAUUCACAAAAAGACGAUUAUGAACGCCGGUCCACUGGAAAGAAAAUCGACACUAUUAUUAUCUUGCGAGAAGAGAAUGAAGAAUUUUCUGUAAUUGAAGUUAGUGGACCACCAAUGAAAAAUGACUGGUCGCAUUUCAAUGGUGAUCGGUUGAAGAUUGCUAAAAUGUUGAAAACAAUAAUGAACCGUUUUGCAGAACUAAACCCGGAUUCUAAUAUUACAUCGGUCAAGCUAUACGGAUUGCAAGCGUAUUUAAAUGAGAUUACUAUAUAUGAAUUUCGGCUUAAAUUCGCUGAGAUUUAUUCUAUGAGACCAAUAUUAAAAUUUCCCUUGCCAAAAACAUGGACGGAAAUGGCAAGAUCUGACAAAACCAUAAUGGGCUUUUUGAAGUACGAGUUAUUAUUAAAUGAAAGCGCAAAAUCGAUUCAAAACUUUUUAUGGAAUGUAGGUGGAGAAGAUGAAUCAUGUGAACGAAUGACGACUCGCAUGAUUCAUACGCCUGCUGCUAAACAUACAAAAACAGGAACAAAGAAAUCACGAGUCGUUUAA